AGAACUCCUAUUUUAUUAUAUUUUUAAUCUUUUUAACCAAAAAUGCAUAGCCUGUGCUUCUAUUCCCGUGGUUAUCAUUUGGACUGUAAAUAGUCCUAAAUACGGAGUGUUUUUGAAGGUAUUUGGGGACAAAUAUGGAGCAGAGAUUGGCCAAUGAAUGGAGGAUGACUGUGAAUGAGAAGAAGUUCAUUGAAACUGCAUUGCUCUCUGACAUCAGAGUCGACCGCCGGCAGCCUUUCGAUUACCGAAAACUCACUAUCAAGUUCGGUAGAGAAGAUGGUUCAUCGGAGGUGCAGCUGGGGAAAACUCAUGUUAUGGGGUUUGUGACUUCGAAACUAGUGCAACCUUACCGAGAUAGGCCGAACGAGGGGAGCUUUGCAAUCUAUACAGAGUUUUCUCCAAUGGCUGAUCCUUCCUUUGAGGCAGGUCGCCCUGUAGAGUCUGCUAUUGAAUUGGGACGUAUAAUUGAUCGUGGUCUAAGGUGCUCACUCUUUCUUGAGUUAUGAAGGAUGAUAAUUUUAAGCGAUGUCCUUUUGAUCCCUCAAGUUAUGGUGGAAUAAUUAUGUGACUCCUCAGCCAUUCUGCUAAGUUUGGUACUUGAGGUGUCAGUAAUGUUGUUGAACCCCCCCCCCCCUGCGGCCCAGCAUAGUUGUGAAAGGCAGACCUGAGGUGCGAGGCGCAAUAGACUGGCAAUCACACUACCUGAUGCAGGCGAAACCCCUGAUCCGUGCGCAUCAUCACAUAAUGUGAUGCUUCCCGCACCUCUGGAACAUUUUUCUUUUUUUUUUGUAAAUUGACUUUAUAAAGUUAAGGUUACAUUAUUAUUUAUUAAGAUGCCCAUCCCAUACAUGGAUCUGUAGACACCAUUGUAAAUUACUUCUCUUUGGCACACGACAGCAAGAAUUUUCUUCUUCUCCUUUGACACACCACAUGUCGCAGAGGAUUUGCAGCAACACUCACAGGCUUCCUCUUCUUCAUCCAGAUAGUCGGAUACCCACUAUGUAGUUAUGUU